CAAAGAGUGUUUCAUUUCACCUAUUCCCUCAAGCCUGUCGCAAGGCCCUACAAUCCUCAGCUAUGGCGUCCGACGAAAUUGUGUGGCAAGUCAUCAACCAACAAUUCUGUGCCUUCAAACUUAAAACAACAAAAGGCCAAAACUUCUGCCGCAAUGAAUACAAUGUUACUGGGUUGUGCAAUCGACAAAGCUGUCCAUUGGCAAAUUCUCGUUAUGCCACUGUUCGCUCGGACCCUGAAACAGGCACCAUGUACCUCUACAUGAAAACCAUCGAACGUGCCCAUAUGCCCAGCAAAUUGUGGGAACGAAUCAAGCUCUCUUCCAACUACGCAAAGGCCCUCGAGCAACUCGACGAGCGAUUGAUAUACUGGCCGAAAUUCUUGAUACACAAGUGCAAACAGCGUCUGACGCGCUUGACGCAAGUCGCGAUUCGUAUGAAAAAGCUUGCCAAGGAGGAAGAGAGGCUAGGCGAGAAGAUUGUCCCCAAGCUCGCACCAAAGAUUAGACGACGAGAAGAAACUCGUGAGCGUAAGGCGGAAUCAGCGGCUAAGAUCGAGCGAGCCAUUGAACGUGAACUGAUUGAUCGAUUGAGGAGCGGUGCCUAUGGCGACCAGCCGCUCAAUGUGGACGAGGGAAUUUGGAAGAAGGUCCUACGUGGUCUGGAGAGACAGGGAGAAGGUGAAAGAGAUGAAGACCUUGAUGAGGGUGAGCAGUAUGAUGAAGAUGAGGAGGAAGGGGUCGGCGAGAUCGAAUAUGUCAGUGAUCUGGACGAAGACGAAGAAGACCUCGAAGAUAUUGAAGACUGGCUUGGGAGCGAGUCUGCUGACUCGAGCGAUGAUUAUGACGAUGACGAUGAGGACGACGAGAGCGAUGAAGAGGGAAGUGACGCAUCCGCUGAAGAAAAGCAGAAGCCUGCUCCUGGAACGAAGCGCAAGAGAGCCGCACCGCCCCCGAAACCUCGCAAGAAGGGUGCUCGCGUCGAGAUCGAGUAUGAAACAGAAGGUCCUGGAACAGAGAGUGUGUUGGCAUAAAAUAUCGACUUCAUGGAUGGCGUUUGAGGCGUUUUUGAAAAAAGGUUAUGCGCAGAUGAUUCCGGCAAUAGUGCCACCAGGGUUUUCACAUACCUUGUUUCCGUUGUUAAUAAAAGCAUUGUCUAUUUUAUGUUACAUAUUAUUUUUCUUGUCUCUUCAGCUUUGCUGCAUUCCGUUGCCAUGUUAGACAAUUUUUAAAAAUUCAACCUCCAUUUGAGAGU